AGCCUUAUUGCCGGCCCCAACUAAGCGGUGAAUGUGCAAAGACACUGACUUGCAACAUUAAAUAUAAAAUCUUACAGCUAUCAAUAACAACCCAUGAAUUCACAGGCAACAUAGCACAAACAGAUAGAGAAGAAACAAUCUGAUAACCAAAAAAAAAAAAAGAUGAAGAAUGCAUUACUAGUUCUAAAUUGCAUCCUAUUAUCAAUAGGAAACACUGCAGGUCCUAUAUUAAUCCGUCUCUACUUCAUCCAUGGCGGCAACCGUAUCUGGCUCCCAAGCUUUCUCCAAACAGCUGCUUUCCCUCUUACUCUGUUUCCACUCAUCAUAGUCUUCUUUCAGCGCCGCAAAACCCGGUCCUCCACUGGGUUUUUCCUCAUUAAACCUCGCUUAUUCAUCUGCGCCGCCGUCAUAGGCCUCGUAAUGGGGUUUGACAACUAUCUAUACUCGUAUGGGCUUGCGCAUCUACCGGUGUCCACGGCUUCUCUUAUAGUUGCAACCCAGUUGGUUUUCACAGCUGGGUUUGCUUUUCUGUUGGUGAAACAGAAAUUUACGGCGUAUUCGAUUAACGGUAUCGUUUUGUUGACUGUUGGAGCAGCUGUUUUGGCUCUGGGUGCCAGUAGUGAUCGGCCGGAAGGUGUGUCGAAGAGAGAAUACAUGUUGGGAUUUGUGUUAACGUUAUUGGCUGCCGGUUUGUAUGGGUUGCUGUUGCCGUUGAUCGAGCUGAGUUACAAGAAAUCUAAGCAGGAAAUCAAUUACACUCUUGCGUUGGAGUUCCAGAUGGUCAUGUGCUUGUUUGCGACUGUUCUGUGCACUGUUGGGAUGCUCAUUAACAACGAUUUCCAGGUGAUUCCAAGAGAAUCUGAAGAAUUUGAUCUAGGGAAAGCCAAGUAUUAUGUGGUGUUGGUGGCAGUGGCAAUCAUAUUGCAGCUUUUCUUCUUGGGACAAAUAGGAGUAAUCUUUGGUGCAUCUUCUCUGCUAUCUGCUAUCAUAAUAGCAGUUACUCUUCCAGUGACAGAGAUCCUAGCAGUCAUUUUCUUCCACGAGAAAUUUCAAGCAGCAAAGGGAGUUUCCCUUGCACUCUCUCUUUGGGGGUUUGUUUCAUACUUCUAUGGUGAGAUUAAACAAAACCAGAACAAGAACCAUACUGAUCCACAAACAGAGUUGUCUCUACCUGCAGUCAAUCCUCCAACUCCCUCAGCUGGAAAUGCUUGAAUGAAUGCUCUGCAAAUCUCAGACAAAGGAUUUGAGUUUAGGUUAGAAAAAAAAAACCUGAAAAUACCACUACCACCAUAUAUUCAAUGCUAGUAUCAACAGUACUGUAAGUUUGUUCAUGUACUCUAAGAAAAAACCAAAUUUGAUUUCA